AUGCUCCGACGGGCGUGCGCGAGAGCGCUCGAGGUGCGAUCGCGCAUCGCCGUGCGUUCGAACGCGUCGUCGUCGAGCGCGGUGGAGGAGGGGGCGGGGAAACGCGCGCGGAUCAACCGCGCGCUGUAUCGAGCGCGGCAGCGCGGUUUCUUGGAGCUCGACAUCGUCGUGGGGGCGUGGGCGACGCGGACGUUGGACCCGGAGACGGCGUCGAUGGAGUUCUUGGACGCGUUCGAUGAGGUGCUGCGAGCGGAGAAUCCGGAGUUGUUUAAGUGGCUCACGGGACAGGAGCGGGCGCCGCGGGCGAUGGCGGAGAACGCGGCGUACGCGUCGUUGGCGGAGCAUUGUAAGAAGUUUUUAGACGAGAAGAGCAGCGCGGAUACCAGGGCGGCGUAUGGUCGGGAGUGGAUUCGAGGGUGGAACGAUAGCGGGGCGGGGAACCAGUGA